AUGGUUUUGGAGAGAUCAGUGGGCAGAGAUAAAUUAGCCGCAAGUCAACUGGAGUACAGCAUCAAACUGAAUGACACCAAUGAUGCUGCCCUUGAAGUGCGAGGUUUGAUGGUUAUAAAACAAACGAAGAAAACUAGAGCAAAGCAAAGAAAGCAAGCCAUUCAUCACUGGAAGACCAUUGGAAGAAAGGUUAUUCAUACAAUCGCCAAAGUUGGAAAGGAACAGGCGGUACUAUUACUACAUGGCCACGAUCGGCUCGAUCCCAUUAUCGAAGACGAUAAGACCCCUUCUUGGAAUCGAACUCCAACUCGAAUGCUUUCCAGGAGUCGGCCAAGGAGCAUGGUUUCGCAGGCUGCAGCAGAGGUGAAAACUGAUGAUCCAGUGAGUCAUAUGCAUCUUUCUGCCCCAUCAAGUACACAGCAGGCCAUUGACUGGCACCCUGUAGAAGCAACAGCUGAUCCAGAUGUAGGAGUUCACGAGGAAACAGUUAUUGUUGUCUCGCAUAGAUUUGCAAUGGCAUCACUGACGCACUCAGAUUCGCAACGAAAUAUGAGAAUUCGAGGAGUGGAAAUGGUGCCGUCUGGAGACAUUCCUAACAUGCCGACCAGUACACCACCAAACAGAGCUGUCAGCCCAAAGAUUCGGCAUGACAUGUUUCGAAGGAAGAGCCCUAGUAGUGGUGGCAGCGAAAACAGCUAG